CCUCAUCUGCAACCAGCUUCAAGGAGUUCGCCUGGUGGAUGUUCCCAAUCAGAGGGUGGUCAUGUUUUUCCAACUGCCCAGUGCAGCAUCACACGUUCAAACACUUGCCUGGGUGAAAAAUGCACCAGGGAUGUUUAUCACUGGAGGUUAGAGUGCUAUAUUAUAAUUAAACAUUAAAAUGGUAGAGAAGAUUUGUAUCAAUUAACAGAACUAAAAUUUGACCGGUGGUCCUAAAUAUGAUGAGAGGGGGGGUUAGGGCAAAAUGUUUAAAAAAGGUUGGAAAUUACAGUUUUUGCAAUUACUAGUUGUUAAAGUGGACUAACGGACCGACCGUCCUGAUAAACACUAGAUCAAACAGUGUGCAUGCGCGGAGACUGUAGUGAGAAAGAGUGUGUGAAUGAACAAUGUGUUCCGGAAGCAAGCAGAAAGUCAACAUUAUUGAGAACUUGUAUUUAUGUAUAUUUAUGUUAAUGUUUAUUGUUGGAUAUAAAAACAUAUAAAACAUAACAAUAGUUUUAAUUCAUAAUGUUAAUUGUGCACACCCUUUUCUCUUUUAAAAUUGCUACUGUAAAAAGCCUAAAACAUGAAAUGUUAAUGCAGGAUUUCUAAAGCAUAUAUAUUCAUUAACAGGUCACUUAGGGUUAUUAUUUCCCUUAUAACAGCAGUUCUCAACCUGUGGGGCGCGACCCCUUUGGGGGGGGUCAAACGUCCUUUUCCCAGGGGUCGCCUAAGACCAUCGGAAAACAAGUAUGCUUUGCAGUUAUAAAGUAGCAACGAAAAUAAUUUUGUGGUUGGGGGUCGCCACAACAUGAGGAAAUGUAUUAAAGGGUUGCGGCAUUAGAAAGGUUGAGAACCACUGUCUUAUAAGAUAGUUUUCCAGAACACCAUUUACAAAAAAAAUGCUCAGCUUUUAAUAGUAAUGAGUUAACGGGAAUAUUAAGGUAGAAAAUACUAAAGUUGUCAACACCAAUUUUUCUAUGUUGUGUUGAGUGUGACUAAGGCAAAACUUUUCUUCAUCUUUUAUUUCAUAUUAGAUAUAAAGGGAGGAAUUUUGAGAGUCUGGAGUGUGUCCAACAGUACUCCCUUGGAAAAUAUCAAAAUCAAAGCUACUGGUUUCCACCAUCUUGAUGUACUUAGCCACAGUAAGAAUACAGAAAUACAAA